AUGGGUGGAUUUUUCAGUAAUGUUAGACACUAUUUUCUUUCCAAACACAGUGAUGAAUCACCGGUUGACGAAGUGAAUCCUUAUAUCAAGUACCCCUUGGUUACUAAGGAACAAAUGAAACGAAUUAGUAACGAUAAGUUUAAGUUUGAAUUUGCGCAUGCUUCAUUUGGGUUUCAUAGCACGAAAUCGGAUCCAACUAUUCAUUCGUUGAGUGAUUUGACUGAUCCAGCACAGUUGAAUACGUUAUUACCUAGAAGAAGACCCGUGGGGUCCCCUGCUGAUACUUUAUCUAUUAAGGCUGGAGAUGAUGCGAUGUUGGUCUCGCCUACCGUUUUAGCGGUUGCUGAUGGGGUUUCUGGUUGGGAAAGUAAGGGAGAACAAAGGUCUUCUGGUAUUUGGUCAAGGUCCAUGGUUGAAACCUUGAGUAGGUUGAUGACUGAAUAUAAACUAACCCAUUCUCCUCAUCAUUUGAAUAAACGUGAUAUUGAUCAAAUUCUAGAUGAUUCAUAUCUCCAUACCUCGCACUUAAUGGAUCUUCAAAAAAUGAGAGGAUCUUCUACUUUAAUUUUGGGUAUGUUAAGCGGAGAAUACUUGAAAAUGAUAAGUAUUGGUGAUUCUAAGAUUUAUAUUCUUCGUGAUGGUGAAAUUAUUAAAACUAAUGAGGAACAAAUGGUUUCUGAAUUAUGUCCUCAACAAAUAGGAACUCAAACUUUGAAUUCUUUGCCAAGUGAAAUGGCUUGGGUGGACUCUAUCAAGUUGCAAGAAGAUGAUAUCAUCAUCCUAUGCUCUGAUGGUAUCUCCGAUAACUUGUAUGAAUCAGAAAUUGUCCAGUAUGUUGAUGAGUUCUUACUAAUGGAAAAGGGUAACUUGAGGAAAGUUGCUAAUAAGCUAUUAAUGAAGGCUAAAGAAGUGGCUUUCGAUGAUUAUGCUUAUACUCCUUAUAACGAAAAAGUUAAUAGCUUGCCUGAAGAAAAAUAUGGUAAAAAAUCAAUCUAUGGAGGUAAAUUAGAUGACUGUUCAAUCAUCAUCAGUAGGGUUGUUCCUAAUUCCAAAACAAAAUCAAAAUCAAAUCAAUAG